UUGGAUUGUCUCGUGUGUCGUCCGCUGCGGUUGCUGUUGAAUUAGUGGUAAUGAGGAUGUUUAAUGCCUGAGAUCUGCUGGGCUGUGAGGAGCGAUUCUGGAUCAUUGUGCUGUUGAUUCAGCAGCUAUUGCAGCGCUCUGAGCGUGUGUGCGUGUGUCUGGGGGCGUGUGCAUGUGUGUGAGGAUGAUCAAGUGCAUGUGGACGCAUGAGCUGUGAGGAAGGAUGACUGCUCAUGUGUGAGCUGCGGUGAAGAGAGAGAAAUCCUGCGACGCCGUUGACUCUUGAGGAGCAGCAGCAGCGAUGCCUGCAGAGGUGAAGGAGAAGCUGGACCCCGAGGAGCCGCCGGCAGAUGAGGACCCCAAAGAUCAGACAGAAGAACUUCAGACAGCAGACGAGACCCCAGACGUGUCGCCCCUCACUGAAACUCAUACGGAGAGUUCUGGGAGUUCUGGGAUCGGGACAGAGAAAUCAUCCAGUCCAGAUUCAGAGUCAAACCCGCUGAGCAUCAGCAGCUCUCAUGAACACGUCCUGAAGGACGGCUCAUCGGACUGUCAGACAUCAUGUCCAGAAGAUCUGAAACCAGAUGAAGCUCCGCCUCCUGAUGUCCCGAGCGAGACGGAAGCUCAACCUGCUGCGGUUACCCUUCCUGACCCUGAGUCCUGCGUGACCUCUGACCCCUUAAGUGAGAACGAUCACAGCCGCGUCCUGCCCAGAUUCCCUUACCACCCGUUUACCAACCUGCCCGGCAGAAACUAUUUGUCGGAGAACUGUUACACGCUGCCUCUGCAGCGGGACGGACUGACUCGAGGAGGACGCACGCUGCCCACCUGUAACAGCUCACCUAAAGGCCAGCAGGACGCUGUGCCCACGGUCAGCCAUCCCAUCCUCGCUGGGACUCUUCAUAUGAGACAGAGUCUGGACCUCAGUGUGGACGAUCUGCUCGCUCCGCUGGCUCAUCCCUAUUUCUCCGAUCUCUACAGGACGCUUUUACCGCAGAAGCGCGCCAGCAUGGUGAGUCUGGACACCCUCCGCAAAGACCCUCGCUGGAGAGACCCAAACCUGAGGGAGGUCAUCGCCAUGUUGAGUCACCCCGUGGAUCCGGUGAAAUCCAACGCCGCCGCGUAUCUCCAGCAUCUCUGUUACGAGAACGAUAAAGUCAAGCAGGAGGUGCGUCAGCUGAGGGGCAUCCCGGUCCUGGUGGGUCUUCUUGAUCACCCCAAACCUGAAGUCCACCGUAAAGCCUGUGGCGCGCUGAGGAACAUCUCCUUCGGCAGGGACAACUUCAACAAGGUGGCCAUUAAGAAUUCUGACGGGAUUCCCGCUCUCCUGAGACUCCUCAGGAGAUCCAACGACGUGGAUGUGAGAGAGCUGGUCACGGGAACGCUGUGGAAUCUCUCAUCACAUGAACCUCUGAAGAUGAUCGUCAUCAAUCACGGCCUGCAGACGCUGACCGACGAGAUCAUCAUUCCUCACUCGGGUUUGAGGGGCGACCCCAACGACCCCACUCGACCCGGGGACCCGGAGUGGAACACGGUCUUCAAGAACACGUCAGGAUGUCUGAGGAACGUGAGUUCAGACGGAGCUGAAGCUCGACAGAGACUGAGGGAAUGUGACGGACUGGUGGACGCUCUGCUGCACGCGCUGUACUCCGCCGUCACAAAGAGAGACAUCAAUAACAAAUCGGUGGAGAACAGUGUGUGUAUUUUGAGAAAUCUCUCGUAUCACGUACACAAAGAGGUGCCCGGAGCAGAGAAGUUUCAUCUGCAGUCAGCCAAUCACACGUCAAAAUCAGCCGCUCAUCAUAAGAAGAAAGAUGAUCUGGACUGUUUCAGUGGACGGAGCACUAAAGAGGAGUGGUUCCAUCAGUGCAGGAAACACAGUGUGAGUGAGAAGAAGGUCAGCUGUGUGGAUCUUCACAGAAGGAGUUUACCUAUGAAAGGACUGGAGCUUCUCUAUCAGCCGGAGGUGGUGAGACUCUACCUGUCGCUCCUCAAACUCAGUCAGAACCAAAACACGCUGGAGGCGGCAGCGGGAGCUCUUCAGAACCUGUCUGCAGGACACUGGGCUUGGUCCAAUUAUAUCCGAGCGACGGUGCGUAAAGAGAAAGGUCUGCCAGUGCUGGUGGAGCUGCUUCACUCUGAUGCUGAUAAAGUGGUGCGGGCCAUCGCCAUCGCUCUGAGAAACUUAGCCAUCGACCACAAAAACAAAGAUCUGAUCGGGAGUUACGCCAUGAGGGAUCUGGUGAGUAAUCUGCCCUGCGGACAACAGCGACCCGCCAAAAACCUGGAGGGAGACACGGUGGUGGCCAUUCUGAACACAGUACUGGAGAUCAUCUCUGAGAACCUGGAGAACGCUCGCUUCCUUAUUCAGGGACAGGGAAUCCAGAAACUGGUUUCCAUCAACAGAACCAGCCAAUCAGUGCGCGAGACCAAAGCAGCGUCACACAUUCUUCAGACUCUCUGGGCUUAUAAAGACCUGCGACAGACGCUCUGUAAGGCCGGCUGGAGCAAAACUCACUUUAAGCCGGUCGUCUGCAGUCUCGUGAAAAAACAGAAGAACACGAAGCAAGGCAACGAUGACAUCACACUGCCAUUGAUGGAGAAAAACCAAGAUGGAUAUUGUCCCGUGGAUCAGACGGAGAGGAUGGGAGAUGUUCCGUGUCACAUGAUCGAGCGGGAAUCUUUUCAGGGUGUGAAUGACAAGAGACCUUUCAUCAGGACCAGUAGACCUGCGGUUGGUUUAGUGGAACGGACACCACAGCCGCUGGAUUCUUGGGUCUGAUACUCUCUACACCAGGGUUGAUGAUUGUCAUCCUGGACUGAUAUGAUCUGCCUUCAGCACAAAUCAUCACUCGAUCAAACCAGAGAAAUAUAGAACAUAUCAUAUAUGUGCAUUUCCACAGCAAACAAACGAUGAAUUAUUGUUAAAAGAGCUUGUUUCCUGAAAGAAAGACUUACUGCUCUGGCAACUUUCACUGUUAAACUCUGUUUUAAAAGUCUGUUUCAAAUCCGAUUAUGUCAAAUUAUGAUCUACUUGUAAUGUUUUGGGGUCUGAAUCUUUAGUUUCAACUGUCUUAUACUGUUUGAGAGAUUGAUGUGUGGGAUUCAGUUCUUUGGACCUUUUCCUUGUACAAACGAGAUCAAAUUACUAAAGACUUUAUCAGAGAAUAUAUUAAAACUUUUAACUUCAUUCAUACUAAACUUUUUCAUAUCAUCAGUGACUUAAUUGCUUGAAAAAUAAAAUCAACCAGUUUUAUCUCUUCCUAACAAAUCUUUUCA